UGUCAAAAGACAGAAAGCAGAAGACAACACAAAGCGUCGAGCAUCAACAGUACAAGAGUGCUGGCUGCUGUUCCUCCUAUACGCCUUUGAAGAUAACGCCGCCAUGCUGUUUUGCUGCCGUGCCAACUCGGAGCUGAUAAAGAAGCGUGGCAAGGAGUUAUUUGACAGCGUGACCAACAGCGACGAUCCAGAGAAUCAGAUCUGGGCACUCGAGUUCAUUCGCUGUCAUCCAACAGCGUUCGGCAAGGCACCAGAAGACACUCUCAGGUACGUGGUAGGGCUGCUGUACCACGAACAGACCCGCCUUGCGACGUGUGCCUUCGACGCCUCCGGGGCUCUUCUGUCACACUACCACAUGCAAGUACGGGACCACUCGUUCGACGUCCUCAUGUCCGCCUUCCACCUCCUCACCUCACAUGCUGCUCCGGUCAGGGAGAAAGCGUUGCACCUGACUGUGCUUCUGUUAGGAUUGGAACCUAUGUCAGCCUCCCGCGAACUCUUGUACCUGGUGCGAAAGAGCGAACGGCUGCAGGUCUUGGGCACCAUGGUGGCGUUUCGUCGCGCCAUCUGUCGAAGCAAAGGUGUACAGGACAUGCCGUUGGCCGAUAUCUACAACCUGUACGCAGCUUACGUUGAGGAGUCGGACGACGACCUGCUCAAGACGGAGGGCAUGCUGGGGCUCGACGUUAUGAAGUUCUACUUCAGGUAGACGUCGGACGUCGCAAGGAAAGUCGUCCCUGACGGAGAGAGAUGUUCAUUUGCUUUUGUAUUGUCAAAGCGUUCAAUGUAUUAAACUUGCUCGAUGCCGAUUAAA